UUUCGCAGCCCGUCGAUGAAUUCAUCUUGCGGCCCAGAGUUCGCCCCCCGCCGACUCUCUCCCGCUCUUUUAAAGGGACAGAACCAGGCUUUUAAUAUAAUUAGCCCUCUCCUCUCUUUUCAACCCCCCCCCCCUUGCGGGGGUGAUCGGAAAGGAAACAAUAGGCAGCGCGCGGACCAAAGAUGCUUUCCUAGGAAUGGACUUGGGGACCAGUUCUACAAAGAAGCCAUUGAACACUGUCGCAGCUACAAUUCCCGGCUAUGUGCUGAACGCAGCGUCCGUCUUCCUUUCCUGGACUCGCAGACAGGUGUAGCUCAGAAUAACUGUUACAUCUGGAUGGAAAAGAGGCAUCGGGGACCAGGAUUAGCACCAGGUCAGCUCUAUACGUAUCCUGCUCGUUGUUGGCGUAAAAAGAGACGUUUGCAUCCUCCUGAAGACUCCAGGCUGAAGUUGCUGGAGAUUAAACCUGAAGUUGACCUGCCUCUGAAGAAGGAUGGCUUCACAUCAGAGGGGACCACACUGGAAGCACUGCUGCGUGGAGAAGGGCUUGAAAAGAAGGUAGAUACUAAAGAGGAGGACACUCUACAAGAAAUCCAGAGGGUUUUGGAAAAUGAUGAAAAUGCAGAUGAAGUGAAUGAGGAGGAAGAGAUGGAGGAAGAUAUUCCGAAGCGAAAGAACAGACCCAGAGGACGGGCUCGGGGUUCUGGAGGUGGCAGGCGAAGGAAUGAUGUUUCUUCUAUGGACGACCACGAUAAACCUUACGUUUGUGACAUCUGUGGAAAGCGCUACAAAAACAGGCCAGGACUGAGCUACCAUUAUGCUCACACCCACCUUGCUAGUGAGGAGGGGGAUGAUGCUCAAGAGCAGGAGACACGCUCCCCACCUGUCCACAGAAAUGAAAAUCACAAACCCCAGAAAGGACCAGAUGGGGCCAUCAUUUCCAAUAACUACUGUGAUUUCUGCCUUGGAGGAUCUAACAUGAAUAAAAAAAGUGGACGACCAGAGGAACUUGUCUCAUGUUCAGACUGUGGGCGAUCUGAUAACGGUCCUGCGCUCACUUAGAUUCUGAAUCCAUCAUCCUUCAAGAAAACUGUUGGAAGAAGCCAACCAAGAAUAGCCAGGAUGUUCAGAUCUCAUUGCCUGAUCCUUUCAUACCUGUGUCUCAUCCCACACAGGAGCCUGGACUGUGGAACGCCUGCUGGCACUUGCUCAGAGAAGUCUUGGGGAUUCCCUAAGCUUGUGCAAUACAAAGAAACCCUUUCCAUUUUAUUUUAUUUUUAAAUCCCUUUCUUUUAAGUGUUGUAUGAGUUUGUAAGUGUGUGCGUAUAUAUAUAUAUAAAAGCCCAGGUCAAACUGGAACUGAUUUACAGUAGAAGUGACUGAAAACAACAAACAAACGAGAGAGGAAAAAACCUUGACAAAAAAAUAGAACAAGUUAUUUUAUUUAUUUGAAUAUUUAAGAGAGAAAAGUAGUGCUGAUGUUGCACAGUAUUUUUGUUUAAAAUGCAUUUUACUGCAAAAUUUAAAAGCAAUUCUUGUGAAGAGGGGAUUUUUCCCUAGAGCGCUUAAAUGUAAGAUAAAGACUGACUAUUUGCUUUCAGGUUAAUUUUUUUAAAGUUAUGAAAAUAAAGAUAAACUCUGCUUUCUCUUACUUUAAAGAUGCCAUUCAUACACACGCUGGGUGUUUUGUUUUUUUCCAAACUGGAUGUGGUAAGUUUAAAGUUGUUCUGGCUUAUUUUCCUGAAUGUCUGCUAAUGUUUCCUGCUUGGGUGUAUUGUAUUAGGGCAAAAGUCAAAACUUUGAACGAAAUCUUUUGAAAAUGAAAUGCUGCAUCUUGGACAGUUGUUGUAACAAGGACUGUAAGCGCAGUCUCCCCAGCACUAUCAUCUUACAGGAACUUUGGGUGUUCCCAGUUCUCAGCAAUAAUGCCACUGAAACUAGGUGCUUAUAAAAUAGAUUCUGCUGUCUGAAAAGAAGUUGUUUUUCCUGUAUGGAUUGUACCACUCAGGAGCUAUCAGCAGCUAACAGCUGCUUGCUAUAGUCCACAAAUAAUGUAAGCAACUCAAAAAGAAGCAACCGGGACAAUACAUCUGGAGAGAAACCUUUUCCUCUACAACUGUUCUAAGAGGCAUUUGAAAUAAUAUUUGGGAAGAGGUAGAAUAUUAAAAACAAUCUUUCCAGGAAUAGCAGAGUUUAUUCAGUUGGAUCUAGCCACAGGUCAUAGUUCUCUCUAUAGUAAUUUGUUAGGACCAACAUGUGACAUGCUGAUAGCUGGUGCUUAUGUAACAGCUUUUAAAGAGUUGAUCCCUACCUAUUCUGGGAAGGACAUAUGAACAUGACCCCAGGUUCCAAUUGAUCCAGAAUAGUUCCUGGGAAAAUCCAAUUGGAAAAGCCAUUCUGAUAUAACUUUUCAGUGGAUAUUUGCUUACCAGAUGAUGUCAAAAAGUUGAUUGUGUGAGCCUUCGAAUUGUACUGUGCAAUGUACUUCUACGCACCUUUACUUGGAAGUAACACUCGCUGAGUUAAAAUGUGACUUACUCCUUAGUAAGUGUGCACAGGGGUGCUUAGUCUGCUAUACAAUUUGGUUUUGAGUAAAAGUAAUGACACCAUCCCCAUACAAUUUAAACCUGAAGCCUUCUCCUGAAAUUCUUAGUGCAAUCCUGCUCUAAGAGGACUGAGCAAGCCCAGCCAUCAUGCAUUCUCAUUGAGCUUGCUCAGGAGUCCAGGGGAGUGAAACCACUUUGAAAUAUACAACUGUACAGCAGUGGUGCUAUGAAUUUUGCAUGCUCAGUUGUUCUUUCAGGGAUGCUGGUUAUGGGGGCAAUGCAGAAUCCACUCUGGAAAAGCAUCAGACAUGUUCAACUCAGUAGGUCAAAUCUGCAUCCUAAAGUCAAAACUAAGGAGCUGGAGCUCCAGAACAUUGCACAUUAAAAUCAAUGGCAGAACUCUUAUCGGGGUCAGUGGCAGAAGACCCAGUUAGACAGUCGCUUCAAUGAUUUCACUUGGAAAUCUGCAGACUACCUUAUGCUGCCAUUAAAAACAAAUGUUCCCAUUAGAUAAAAAAUGCACAGACUGUACUAACUUGUGUUUUGUGUUCAUUUAAAAUCAACUUCCAAGGCGCCUCCUGUAUACUUCUCUGUAAAUAUUUAUUUACCCAACCUUUUUUUAAAAGGAAAAAAUUGUGAAACUGCAAUUGCUGUACAUAGUUUUUAAAGGUCCUCAUUGUUUACAAUGCUGUCCUCCAUACUGAAAAUAAAACUUCCUUCUCUACUUA